GAUAGAUACACAGAUAGAGAGAGAGAGAGAGAGAGAUGUCGUGUCUGGCAUCGUGCUGUGCGUCGAUGACGUGCGGGCUCUGUUCAUCGGUGGCAUCUGGCAUCACAAAACGCUCUGCUAGAAUCGCUUACUGCGCCCUCUUUGGUUUUUCUCUAAUUGUUUCUUGGAUUCUCAGAGAGGUCGCUGCGCCUCUUCUCAAACACUUCUCUUGGAUAAAUACUUCAGAUAACCUGUCGAAUGAAUGGUUCCAGAUGCAGGCUGUCCUUCGUGUCAGCUUGGGGAACUUUUUGUUUUUUGGAAUAUUAGCAGUUAUAAUGAUUGGGAUCAAAGAUCAAAAUGACAGACGUGAUUCUUGGCAUCACGGUGGAUGGGUUGUUAAGAUGCUCGUUUGGGCUUUGCUAGUCAUCCUCAUGUUUUUCCUACCCAAUGUCGUCAUAACAGUGUAUGGAGUACUUUCAAAAUUUGGUGCUGGGUUGUUUUUGUUGGUCCAAGUCAUAAUACUGUUAGAUGCCACACAUUCAUGGAACGAUUCAUGGGUUGCUAAGGAUGAGCAAAAGUGGUACCUCGCCUUGCUUGCUGUAUCAGUAGCAUGUUAUAUUGCAACAUUUACGUUUUCUGGGUUACUGUUCAUAUGGUUCAAUCCAUCCGGGCAUGACUGUGGACUCAAUGUGUUUUUCCUUGUAAUGACCAUGAUUCUUGCAUUCCUUUUUGCCGUCUUUGCUUUACAUCCCAAGGUUAAUGGCAGCCUCUUGCCCGCAUCUGUUAUAUCCGUGUAUUGUGCUUACGUGUGUUACACGGGUCUCUCUAGCGAACCUCGAGAUUACGUUUGCAAUGCCCUUCACAACAAGUCCAAAGCCGUAACAACGAGCACCCUUGUUCUUGGGAUGCUUACUACAGUCCUUUCAGUUCUGUAUUCCGCACUUCGUGCAGGCUCGUCAACUACCUUUCUGUCCCCUCCAUCUUCCCCUAGAGCAGGUGGUGAUAAGAAACCCCUUUUAGAAUCGGACGAGCUUGAAUCAGGCAAAGGAAAGGAGAUAAUAGCAAGUCCAGUCAGCUACUCGUACACAUUCUUCCAUCUGAUAUUUGCUCUAGCAAGCAUGUACUCAGCCAUGCUUUUGUCUGGAUGGACGAGUAAUUCUGAUAAUCCGGACCUCAUUGAUGUGGGCUGGACCUCUGUUUGGGUCCGUAUAUGCACUGAAUGGGUCACGGCUGGGCUUUACCUUUGGUCUCUUGUGGCUCCUCUUAUCUUGCCUGAUCGUGAAUUCUAGAGAUUCUCCAAAUAUUAAAGUCGGAGAUUGAGAAAAAGGGUUUUUAGCUGUUGGGAUGUUAUUAUGUAUUUGUGUAUAUGUUCACUGCAUCAUAGCUUCAGUUGGUUGGGUUUGUUAUUAAUUAAUAAUUAUGCUAUUCUCACACGUUCACUACAGUGGAGUUGAUUUGUGUUAUGUGUAUUUUCUACUUGGACAACUCAAUCUAGUAGAUAUCCAUAUGUUUUUUAUUAGACAUAUGGGCGUGACAAACAAACUUUCUGUGUAAUAGCAUGAAAUUACCCUAAUUAACGCAACGUAGGAUUUGUUUGUUUUUUAGCAGAUUGGAUUUUGUUUAGUAAUAAUAUUUGUUAAUUGUCUUA